UUCACUCCCUCCAGAGGAGCGCACAGCUUUUUGAGGGAGCCAGUGGUGAGAAGGGAGGAAAACAAUCCAGUCAGCGUUUUGUAGCACUUUCAGACGAGUUCCUCUACUUCGUCAGAGAUAUUGGCAUAGCUUAUAGGUCAUUUGACGCCAGUUUGAGGAAUGUUUUAGGGACAAUUUGUCUCCAAGGGGCAAUUGGAGCGGGCAGUCUGUGCCCUUAUAAUGCGGAGAGAUCAAGUCUCAGUAGUUUGUCGGUAUGAACGCAGCGCAGACGGACCAUGAGAAACUGCUUUCAUGGAUUGACUGAUUGAUUGAUUGAUUGGCAUUUGCUUUUUUUAUUUUUUCUACAUAGGAGGAUUUUUUUUUCCAUGUGUCGUGGUUAGUGUGUUAUUCAAAAUAAACAAAAUCGUGGAUUAUUAUUGGGAGUCGAGGAUUUUUUUCGGAGGUGCGUCUUUAAUGAGGAUAUAGAUUUUAUCCCACGCCUGGGUCAAGGAUCCGGAGAGGGGAAUUAACCUUUCACAAGGUGGAAAUAUUAGUCGUAUUGGACCUUAACUCAUCUCUCCUGCCGCUGAGUCCAACAUGAAGUCUGUCACUGUGUGGAUGUGCGUCCACAUCUUUCUCCUGCUCCUAGAUGAGGCAGUGAGUUCCUGGGAUGGUCCCUCAGCUUCGUCUGUAUCCUUGGCCAAUGGUUCUCCGGGAUCUGCGGGCACCGGGUCUGGGCCCGGAGCUCAGCCAGAAUGGGUGGACUGCAUCCAGGCAAGUGACAUGUGCAACCAGAACCCUUACUGCAGCUCUCGGUACCGGGUGAUGCGCCAGUGCCUUGUGGGCAAAGAGAAGGAAGCCAUGCUGGACAACAACAGGGAGUGCCAGGCUGCUUUGGAAGUGCUGCUGGUUAGUCCUCUGUAUGACUGCCGCUGCAAGAGGGGCAUGAAGAAGGAGCUGCAGUGUCUGCAGAACUACUGGACCAUCCACAUGGGACUCACUGAAGGUGGAGACAUGGAUGAUUCAUCCCCGUAUGAACCUGUAGCGCCAAACCGGCACCCCGACGCAUUCCGCUUGGCCUCCAUCUCUUCAGGGAUGCUCACAGCGGCCCCAAAAGGUUUCCACUGUGUCGAUGCAGAAAGAAACUGCAACCCCUGUCUUGAUGCAGCCAAAGCCUGCAACCUCAACGGAAGCUGCAAGAGGCAACGCUCCGCCUACAUCGCUACCUGCAGCAAGGAGGACCCCAACAAGGGUGAAGCGUGCAGCAAGAAGCGCUGCCACAAAGCGCUGAGGUUGUUCCUAGACCGUGUGCCCCCUGAGUUCAGCCACCGGCUGCUCUUCUGCCCCUGCCAGAGUGAGGGCUGCGCUGAACGACGCAGGCAGACAAUUGUGCCUGAUUGCUCCUAUAAAGACAAGGAAAAACCCAACUGUCUGGAGCUACGGAGGGUCUGCCGCCAGGACUCUCUUUGCAGGUCUAGGUUGGCUGAUUACCUGGUGAACUGCGGGGUGACUCCGCGCACAGUGAGCACCUGUCCCAACCAAGACAAUCACCAAGCCUGCCUGGCCUCCUACGCAAGGCUCAUCGGGACAGAGAUGACUCCCAACUAUGUCGACAGCAGCUUCUCCAAUUGGACCAUUUCCCCAUGGUGCACCUGUAAGGGCAGUGGAAACCAAGAAGAGGAAUGUAUGAACUUCCUGCGGUACUUCACCGAUAACACAUGCCUAAGAAAUGCCAUCCAGGCCUUCGGUUAUGGGAUAGACAACAUGCAGAACAAAAAUGUGUCUGUCCCUGGCCCCUCAGCGACGACGAAGACGGGGUCGGAUUGGUCCACGGGCACCUCGGAACCUCCCUUUGUCAGCAUCCCAAAGUAUCCUGAACCAAUGGGCGGUGGCCUGGGCAACACCCCGGUCCUGCCAGAGGAUCACUCUGCCUGUCUGUGUGCCAACGUCUGGGCUCUGCUCCCCGGCCUGGCUUUGGCUUUGGUCCUGGCCCAGCAUGCCUUAUAGGAGCGCCAGGAGGAGAAAAAAGAGGUCAUCCACCCACAAGCUGAUCCCAAAAGCAGAAGGUGUUAUUUCUGAGGCUGAUAUUAAGAAGGCUGAAUCUCCGGGUAGUUGACAUAAAAUGGCAUUCAUGAAAGAAGAAAAAAACAAAAAGAGGUGGAAAAUAUUGAAGUUUUACAAUUGUGAAUUUGUUGUUCAUUUGAUGUAUCGUUACGGCGGAGCACGACUGUGAUGAAGCACACGGCUUUAAAAAGGACCCUUGGUAAGGAGAGGCCCACGAAGGCCAUUCUCCGGGACCUACUCUCCCUCAGACUGAGACACAAAAUCCUGGAGGACUGAAGCUGAACAUUUCAAUGACUUCUGCACUUUUCUCACCAAAGGAGGGGGAGAGGGAAUGAACAACGUAAUUAAAAGAAGACAGGAUUGACAGAAAAGAAAUUGUUGCAGAGAGAAAAGGAAUGAGCGAGAGGUAAAUGGGGUAGGAGUGAGUGCGAAGGGAGAAGGAGAGAGAGAGACAUAUUUCUGCUAUCAGUCACACUUUUUUUUUGUCUUGAAUUGGUUCUCGACUUAAUCUUCUCUUGGAUGAACAGACCACAAAUUUAGGGGCGGGGAUGGGGGAUGAUUACAUUCUGUCUCUUCAACACUAGUGUAAACUCUAAACUGUAAAGCCUACUCAGUGUUCUAAGUGUUGGUAUAGUAUCCGUGACCAUAAUCAAUCUACCGUACGGCUCUUUCAUUUGGGUGCUAUACAGUACACCUUUGCAGCAGGCGGCGAAAAGAUCAAACGACAGCGACGUAACCAGUUUAUGGUCAUUUGACAUGUUGUUGUUAAUGACUGUGGGUGUGCGCCAUACGUCCACCUGCACAUGUGUAUAUUUCUGUCUUUAUGUAUAUAAAAAAAAACACUUUUCUUUCAUUCAACCAAAUGAUAUCUACGGUACCUUGAAUGGACAUUACUGUACGCUACAAUGGCUCUGUAUUGGUACUCAUGGAAGGCUUUCAUUAUCUGCGUUUAUAUUUGUCUAUAAUGGUUUGAUGACAAAGAAUGUAUACAGGGAUGAGAUUAAACUAGCUCAA